GGAAGUUGGAGCGAUCGCCAAUCAAUGUCCUGCUUUCCUCAAGAGCUGGAAGUUUAUUACAGAAUAGCGGCACGUUGAUUGGCUAUCGUGCGAAUUUCCGCCGCGCGGCAAGCGUUUCCGCGUCCUGUGUGCAGGAGCCAUAACUUUGGUUGGUUUUUAGUAAAUAACUUGACAAUGUUGGCCAUUAAUAACUAAACGAUAUUGACGAUCAGUUGUUGAAUAACGAAAAGUGCAGCAUGACCAAGAUUGAUUCUAUGUAUAUCAUGGCAGAACCUGAAAAUACAGGCACAGUAGAGUGGACGCAUCCCGAUCAGGUGAUGCAACUGCAUCGUAUGAAACUGAAGAAACGUGCUCUUCAAGCACGCAUGAACAAAACCCGCAGUAACACAAAUGAUAAUAAUCAGACAUCUUCUGAGAAUUUGGAUAAAUUUAACUUUAGUGUACCACAACGCUUGUCUCAAAAACGCAAAAAUCCUUUUGCGAUUAAUGAAACAUGCAAGAAACAGAAGGAAGAAGUGUCAGCGGGUUUGGAAAUCAGCAAUGACAACACAUUGUUUGAAUUGUUCCAUCUCAAUGUCCAACAGAAUAAGCAAACAAUGGAAUUAUCCAUGGACAGUUCUCUGUCAUUUGCUAAUGUUCUCUCAAAAUUAGAAUCCACUACGUAUGCAGCCGACACGAAUGUGCCAAAAGGUGAAAAGUACAUUCCUAUUGAUUGGACAUUGAAGACUAAAAUGAGGUUUAUGUCUCCGAAACCUUUCCCAUGGAAUGGAAAGCUAAAAACAAGUGAGGAAGCAUCAGGUACCACAGGAUUUGUUAGGUGUCUGAAUAUUGGAGAACAGGAGACUACAUUGGACACAAGUCCGAAUGCGAGAUUUCACCAAUGCUGUUUGAUAUGGCAGCAUCCGUCGCUACCAUGGUUGGAACUAUUCCCUCGUUCCGCUGGCAAAGUGAGCGCUAAUCUUGCGAAUAACAUAUCAAUAGCGAACAACCAGUGUAUGAAGGACGCGCUGCACAGAGAGUGGUGCGACAGUUUCAGGUCCCUGUUCCACUUGUUGCGUGCGAGACAGUGCCCCUAUUUCUACGUGUGUGCGAACACAUUUACAGCGCUCUUUCGCGCCGCCGGCAUCUGCGGAUUAUCGGAGAUCCACGCACUCCUCACGCCUACGACACGCGGAUUCCGUCAGGCACUGAAGCAAGAAGAAAUAGAAUACUCUAUGCCUCUGAGAAAGGAUUACAAGAGACGAUCCGGAACGACUGAUUGUGAUAGCAGCACUGCGGACAUCGGUUUAUCGGUUGAAGGAAUGACGAAUCACCGAGAGGAGGGCGAAGAUUACGAAGAGCAGGACGAGGACGAGGCUCAAGACGCGUGGCUCGAGAGUUUAGGUGUGGAGAACUCUGAGAUCCGAAAGAUCAAUUAUUCUCAGACAAGGAUGACGCUGGAGAAGGAGAGCGAGGGGGACAACAUGAGGCAGUCUCUGGUAUUCGUGAAAGGUGUAGAGGCGCAGGCGUUAUUUAACUUUCUGAUUAACUGCAAGUCGGCUACCGCGACAGUUGGCGCAUUAGCUGGCGUUCCUCCUACACUCUUGGCGCCGACGGCCUUUCACGGUGCUUCGUUAAAACCGCUCAAGGUUCGAGAAAGCGUUGUGCGCGUUGAGAACGACCGAUAUCACUCCCUCGAGCUGAGAGGACCUCUCUUGCCGCACGUGUUGCCUUCGCUCUGCCAUCUGAUGGAAUCCAGUCAGUUGGAGCAGUACUCAGCGAGCUGCGCGCAGUUGACGACGACCACUUCGUUCUCCGCGGCGAAACACGGCGCUGGCGAAGCGACCGUCACCGAAAGAGAGGAUCACAAUGCCGCGAAGAUGCUGCCUAAUAUCUUCGGGCAAGAAAACCUGAGCGACUGUGGAUUCAACAAGGAGUUGUUGAAGCAUUUUUGCAAUCCCGAUCCAAAUAGAAUAGAGGUUUUAGAAAGUUUCAAGUUCCUCAAUGGAUUAUACACGUGGUCGUGAUGAUAGUUUGCGCGUGUCAAUUUGGGAAAGAAAUACGCGUUUAGGUCCACGUUGGUACGUAUAACGAUUGAAGUAAUGAGAGGUGAUACGCAUUUCGUUGAAAAUAGAAAUGGAAUCAAAUACACUCCAAGUGGUGCCUCUCUCUCUCGUUCGAGUCUUUCAUGAGUAUCUCGCGCAACGCAACAGUGUAAUGUAAUCGAAACUUCUUGAAAUAUAUACGAGGCUUUUGCGAGUAACUUGGAAUACGGCACACUUAAAAGCGGGGACACGUACUGUGCUAUAUCUGUAAGAGGCUGUAAAAUACGAUUGAUUGUAAUAUACUUUCAUAAAGUUCCGAUUAGAUUUCGCGUCGAAUCCUCUUCACAAGCUAAGUGCUAAAUGAGACUAAUGAUAUCUGGAAAGCGCUAUUCAUACAAUUACGCUAUUUAUAUAAUAAUCGCUAGCGACUUGUAAAGUCUUGCCUGAUAAAGAGAUUAAUCACGCGGAGCUUUAAUGAAAGACAUUCGAUGCGAUGGCACUACAUGUAGUGUGAGGACUGCGAUGAAAUUUGCAUUCGUAUUUCUUAUUGUAAUUUAAUGCGAAACGCAUGUGCUCUCGAAUGCAAAGUACGAGCCACCGAGCGGGCGAGUAUUAUCGACUCUAGGUAACAGCGCUUUCAUCCAAGCGGAUGUAAACAGCAACUGUUUACUCCGGCGAUAAUUCUGUAGAUUUACAACAAAAUUUACGCCAUUUUGUAAAUAUCGUCAUAUCUUGACCUCUGUCACUUUUUACAUAUAUUACAUGUGAGAAAAAUAAAUUAUUAUUUUUACUA